AGAAGUUGCUUAUAAAAAUGUUUAAAUUUAACUGUUGUAAAUUCAUCAUUUUACUCUACUUGAUUCACUUAACUCUGGUUUCAGUGAAAUCAAGUGAUACAAAAGUAACAGACGAAGAAUGGGAAAAUUAUAAACGGAAAUUUAAUAAGGAAUAUGACACUGAGGAAGAUAUAAUAAGACGUCAAAUUUAUGAAGCAACUAAAAAGGAAAUUAUAGAACAUAACAAGAGAUACGAUGCUGGUGAUGAAACUUUUAGAAAAGGAAUAAAUCAAUUCACAGAUAAACGACCACAAGAAGUUCCUAAAGGUUUUAGAUUGCCGUCAAAUAAACUGCAACUCAAUAAAGUGCUAUAAGC